UCUGUUUUGAGACGGGGCCCAUCUAGUUAAAAGAAUUUAUGUUAUGAAUUUAUUUCACAAAUCAUAUUAAAUCUCAUAUCAAAUGACUAUAACCUAUUCUUAUUCUGUUGCAAAUGCAACUAUGGGAGGUUUCGGAAAAUUGCUUCUUCGAUGGAAAGGGAGUAUUUAUAAACUGAUGUAUAGAGAAAUGCUUAUUUUCAUUGGAUUGUAUACUAUACUUAGCAUGAUAUAUAGAUGGUGCUUGACACCUGUGCAGAAAAGAAUAUUCGAGAAAAUAGCACUGUAUUGCCAUACCUAUACCGAUCUCAUACCGCUUUCGUUCGUCUUCGGAUUUUACGUCGCCUUAAUAGUGGGACGAUGGUGGCAACAGUACAACGCUAUUCCCUGGCCAGACACCUUAAUGCUGAAGGUGACCUCCUACGUGGUAGGCGACGACGAGAGAGGCCAAAUGAUGCGAAGGACCAUGAUGCGUUACGCGAACUUGAUGCUAGUCCUGACGUUGCAAGGAACCAGCAUUUCCGUUAAAAAACGAUUCCCGACCUUGGACCAUUUAGUGGAAGCUGGGUUAAUGACGAAAGAAGAUCUAAGGAUGAUGGACAGUAUACCUAACGCUCACGGUAAAUGGUGGUUUCCUUCCAUAUGGUUUUGCACUCUAGCUGUGAGGGCGCGUAAAGAAAAUAGGAUUAGGGACGAUUACUUUUUGGAUAGGAUUAUUAGAGAUCUCGACGAUUUCAGGGGCAAAUGUGGUCUCUUAUUCGCGUACGAUUGGAUCAGCGUGCCUUUAGUUUAUACUCAGGUCGUGACACUGGCACUCUACACAUUUUUUUUGGCAACUCUCAUGGGGAGACAGUACCUGGACCCUCAUCAAAAUUACCCCGGUCGUGACGUCGAUCUAUACAUCCCACUAUUUACCAUCCUCCAAUUCUUUUUUUACAUGGGAUGGCUCAAAGUAGCAGAGCAACUGAUAAAUCCUUUCGGAGAAGACGACGAUGAUUUUGAGAUGAAUUGGAUAAUCGAUCGUAACAUGCAAGCUAGUUAUAUGGCUUGCGAUGCCAUGUUCAAUAAAUUGCCCAAACUGCAAAAGGAUAUAUAUUGGGGAGACAUAGAAUUCAGUGUUCCUUACACCAAGGGCAUCACGCAAAUGAAAGGGGAGCCAUUCAUAGGAUCGACCAUGAAUUUAGAUAUACCGCCCGAAGAUAUGGGAUUCGUACCAAUGGACACCAUACUAGAGGCCGACACGAAUGAAGACGAGUACGAUGAUCGAUCUUCCGUCUCAUCCGAUUCGGCUCGCUCUGAAAACCCCGAAGAAAAUGGACUCCUCUUGAACAAGGAACACAAACACAAGGGCAAAAAAAAAUUUCUUCUCAAUCAACGGGACAAGCAAGUCAUGAGAAACUUGGACGUACUCAAAAAGGUGGACGUUUUUAAGGACUUGGAGAAGAUCAAGAUGGUUGCCGACCUCAUGAUGAACAAAAAACAUGGUUCCGAAAAUCGCAACUCUAUUCCAGACUCCAGGCUGGCUUCGGUCACUAGCCUUCUCCACUCCUACCAUCAGAACAGGAAACACGAUAGUAACGCGAAUAAUAUCGCUCACGUUAACAAGGUAGACGAAGAUAUGGGAGAUCACAAACUCGACCGCAAGGAUCGGACGCAAUCGCGGACUAGUAGCGCCAAAAAGAAAAGCUCGAAUAGUAGUUUUUGGGGCGGGAGCGUAAAAUCGUUGAGGACCGGAAGCGUUGUUACCAUCGGGGGGCGAAAGGAAUCUGUUUUAAACGGUUCCCGAGGAUCAAGGGGUUAA